AUGGAACCCAGUCCUACAGAAGCCGUUACCAUCAGUCCAACCAGUGUGACCCUAACCUGGAAAAACGACACAGCUGGAGUAACGAAGCCUCAUCCAGUUUCUGGUCUUCGUGUUGUCUUUGUGGGUGUGACGCACGUUACUCUUACCUGGAAGAAUGAUAACAGCACUGGCACCUGCCGGAUGUUCCUUGAAGGAAGCCAGGAGUCGACUCAAAACUUAGCAGUCAAUAUUUCAGACCUGAAGCCAGGGAUUCAAAACAAGGUCACCCUGUAUCUUUCAAAUAAGUCACAGAGUGACCCUCUGGUUACAGAAAAUAGCUUAGAUGCCAGCACCACAGACCGCUUUUUGCAGCCACCUAGGAGCCCCACUGCCCCCGGGUACAAAUACGGACUUGAACCUGCAGCCCCGUCCUCUGAGCCUUCUCUGCCCCAAGACACCACGGAAGUCCUGCUUUUUGGGUUAAAGUCUGACACACAGUACAAGGCCACUGUUUAUCCUCGAGCAGCAAAUGGUGCCGAAGGACAGCCCCGUGCCACAGAGUUUAAAACAAAUUCCAGUCAGGUGUUUGACAUCGAAGUUGUGAACAUCAGUGCCACAGGCUUGACCCUGACCUGGAAAAUCAAUGAGAAUGAGUCAUCUUCUGUCUAUACCUACAACAUACAAGUUGCUGGCGAGACAGAUUCCUUCAAUCUCACGGUCCAUGAGACUCGUGCCAUCAUCACCCCACUCAUCUCGAGCACGUUAUACAACAUCACAGUGUGGCCUUUCCUUGACAACGGUUCUGAGGGCAUACCGGGCUUUCUCCAGGUGUACACCCCCCCCAGUCCAGUUUCUGACUUUCAAGUGACAAGUGUCAGCACAAGGGAAAUUGGCUUAGCAUGGAAUAGCAAUGACUCUAAUUCCUUUGAGAUACAUAUCACACCGGAUGAAGUUGGAGUACAUCAAACAACCACCGAACAAAGUAUUGUCAUUGGUGGCUUAUCCCCUGGAACCAAGUAUCGUUUUGACAUAUUUCCACAAGGACCAGAUGGGACUAAAGGGGAUUCCCAAACAGUUUACAAUACAACUGACCUCAGUGCAGUGUUUGAUAUCCGUGUGGUUAACGUCACCACAACCGACAUGCAGUUGGUGUGGCGGAAUACAGACAAUGGUACUGGGUACAUCUACUGUGUAGUGAUACAGUCUGAGCACAGCUCUAACCAGACAAAUAGUUCUCAUGAAGCAAUCACUCUCGGGGGCCUGAUCCCGGGCACCUUAUAUAACAUCACAAUCUUCCCAGAAAUGGACAAUUUCCGGGGAAUAUCCAACUCCACUGCACAGUACACACGGCCCAGCAUUGUGUCCAACAUUGAAGUAAGGACCAACACCACAGCAGCAACCUUAAACUGGCAGAACUUUGAUGAAGCCUCUUUCAGGUACACCUACCACCUUCUUAUGGAGCAGGAUGGAAAUGCCAGCAAGGCCACACAAAUAGUCACAGGCAUCGGCAUCACCUAUGCUACAGUCACCGAGCUAACACCUGGCUCCUCAUACACCGUAGAGAUCUUCACACAGGUGGGGAAUGUCACCGAGUCACUGGCACCUGGCUGGCAGUCAUUCUGUACAGACCCUGCACCAGUAACCUCCUUCCACUGUGAAGUGGUCCCCAAAGAGCCAACCUUGGUCCUCAGGUGGGCCUGCCCUUUCGGCACCAACACAGGCUUCGAGCUGGAGGUCAGCCACGGAGACUGGGAAAAUCUGACAAACCUGGAGAGCUGCUCCUCGGAGAACGGCUCUGAGUACAGGACAGAAGUCACAUAUUUGAAUUUUUCUACCUUGUACAACAUCAGCAUCACUGCCCGGUCCUGUAACAAGAUGGCACCGCCCACCCAGAACACCUGCCUCACUGGCAUCACAGACCCUCCUUCUCCAGAUGGAUCCCCUAAUAUUACAUCUGUCAGUCACAAUUCUGUGAAGGUCAAAUUCAGUGGGUUUGAAGCCAGCCACGGACCCAUCAAAGCCUACGCUCUCAUUCUCACCACUGGGGACGCUGUUCACCCGUCAGCAGAUGUAUUGAGAUAUACGUACGAAGAUUUCAAAAAGGGGGCCUCGGAUACCUAUGUGACAUACCUCAUAACAACAGAAGAAAAGAGAUGUUCUCAGGGCUUAUCUGAAGUCUUGAAAUAUGAAAUCAAUGUUGGGAACGAGUCCACCACACACGGCUAUUACAACGGGAAGCUGGAACCUCUGGGUUCCUAUCGGGCUUCUGUGGCUGGCUUCACCAAUAUUACCUUCAACCCUCACAGUGAUGGACUCAUAGACGGGGCUGAGAGCUACGUGUCCUUCAGUCGCUAUUCAGAUGCUGUUUUCUUGCCCCAGGAUCCAGGUGUCAUCUGUGGAGCAGUGUUUGGAUGUAUCUUUGGUGCCUUGGUUAUUGUGGCCGUAGGAGGCUUCCUGUUCUGGAGAAAGAAAAGGAAAGAUGCCAAGAACAAUGACGUGUCCUUUUCUCAAAUUAAACCUAAAAAAUCCAAGUUAAUCAAAGUGGAGAAUUUUGAGGCCUACUUUAAGAAACAGCAAGCUGACUCCAACUGUGGAUUUGCAGAAGAAUAUGAAGAUCUGAAGCUUGUUGGAAUUAGUCUACCUAAGUACGCAGCUGAACUGGCUGAGAAUAGAGGAAAAAAUCGCUAUAAUAAUGUUCUACCUUACGAUAUUUCCCGUGUCAAACUUUCAGUCCAUGCCCAUUCAACUGACGACUACAUCAAUGCCAACUACAUGCCUGGCUACCAUUCCAAGAAAGAUUUUAUUGCCACACAAGGACCUUUACCCAACACUUUGAAAGAUUUUUGGCGUAUGGUUUGGGAGAAGAAUGUCUAUGCCAUUGUCAUGUUGACCAAAUGUGUUGAGCAGGGAAGGACCAAAUGUGAGGAGUACUGGCCCUCCAAGCAGGCUCAGGACUAUGGGGACAUAACGGUGGCAAUGACGUCAGAAAUUGUUCUACCAGAAUGGACCAUCAGAGACUUCACAGUGAAAAAUAUCCAGACAAGUGAGAGUCACACUCUGCGUCAGUUCCAUUUUACCUCCUGGCCUGACCAUGGCGUUCCCGACACCACUGACCUGCUCAUCAACUUCCGGUACCUUGUUCGUGACUACAUGAAGCAGAGUCCUCCUGAGUCACCGAUUCUGGUGCACUGCAGUGCUGGGGUGGGAAGGACGGGCACUUUCAUCGCCAUCGAUCGUCUUAUCUAUCAGAUAGAGGACGAGAACACUGUGGAUGUGUACGGGAUUGUGUACGACCUUCGAAUGCACAGGCCUUUAAUGGUGCAAACAGAGGACCAGUAUGUUUUCCUCAAUCAGUGUGUUUUGGAUAUUAUCAGAUCCCAGAAGGACUCGAAAGUAGAUCUCAUCUACCAGAACACAACUGCAAUGACAAUCUACGAAAACCUUGCACCAGUGACUGCGUUCGGAAAGACAAAUGGUUACAUUGCCUAA